AUGACAUCUGUAAUGAGAAAAUAUGUAUUACUAUAUCGAUUAACUUUACAUACUGCUAAAUGGCGUGGACGAUUGACGGAAGAUGGUCGUGGUAAUACGAUGUGCGCUCUAUACUGGCAAUUGAACGAUCUAUGGGUAGCACCAACUUGGUCAACAAUUGAUUUCGAACUUUCAUGGAAACCCGCUCAUUACUUUGCUCGUCGAUUCUUUGCACCAGUUAUUCUUUCUCUGGUAGUGAACGAUGACGUUCAUUUGUUCAUUGUAUCAGAUCUAUCAAAACCAAUACUCAAUAUAACAGUGGUUUUGGAAAUUUUCUGGAUUGAUCGCUUCUUUCCAGUUAAUGUAUUUAAACAACAAAUUAGUUCAGUUCCCCCAUUGUCAUCCAUUGAGAUCCCAAUUAAUAGGACAAUUUCCAAAGUUAUAAGAGAGAAAGGAAACGACCGAUAUGUCUUGCGGGGAAGGAUGUUAUCAAGUAAUGAUACUCAAAUUGGUUACGAUGCCGUACAUUUGCAUGAUAAGCUGUUUAAGAUAGAUGAAGUGAAUUUCGGUAAAGCCUGGAUUCGAAAACUGUACAGAAGAAAUGAUUUGUUAUAUGAGUUAAAGCUAGAAGCUGACAAAAUAGCACCUUUCGUAUAUAUGGAGCUAGCUCCAGGCCUAAUCGGAUGGUUCUCAGAUAAUGCGUUCACAAUGACCGAACCAAGAAAGACUGUGAUGCUGUCCUUGUUCAAGGAACCUGAAUAUCAAUUGACCAAAAACAAUAUUACUAUUUGUUCAUUACAUAACUGUGGCAAAGCUAGCAUAUAA